AUGUCAUCCGAAGUUGCUGGUUGUACUCAAAUCGCUUCAAAGAGUGUAGAGGGUCGCAUGGAGGCUCAAGUACAGCUCAUGAAGAGUCAAAUUGACUUCCUACAUGAAGCUUUGGCCGAGGUUAAGGAGGCAAACCGAGACUUGUCUCAAAUGCUUUCAAAUCAGCAAGAUAAAGUUAUGGUAAGUUUUGAGAAAAUUGCUGAAAAUUUAAGAGUCUUAUGUGAUCGUUUUGAAGUUAAACAAGUACCCUCGUAUGCUGGAAUGUUACAAGUGUCAUUGCCUUUGUUUUAUGGUUGUCAUAGAGAAUAUGAUACUUGGGAAAAGAGCAUAGAGAAUUUGUUUGUGUUGCUUAACAUAGAGAAAGAGAGUGAGAAAAUAGCCUUAGCUAUAGGUUGUUUUCGUUCUAAUGCUUUGAAUUGGUGGAAACUAGUUUCAAAUAUCUAUUCGCAUUAUUGGUUUCGUAACUUGGAUGAUUGGAAUGAUUUGAGAAGUGCUUUGCGAGAAAGAUAUGCUGGUACUAACACCUUUGAUGAAGCAAAAGUGAAGUUGCUCAAUUACCGUUUCCACUAUGGCUUGGACAAGUGUUUCAAACAACAUCCAAAGAUAAGGAGACAAUCAAGGCUCUAUGAGGCAUACUAUGCUGCCUUAGAAGUGGAAAGAGAGCAUGAUACUUCUUGUGGUUGGAAUGGUCCAAUUGAGGAUCAGGGGCCAAUCAAGGAAGAAAGGAUGGAUCUUGACUACCUAUGUGAUAGGGAGUUGGUUCAAGAGAGCUAUGAUCAAGGUGAUGAGAAUGUCAUUAACUUUGGGGUGCAAACCAAAGGAGAUGAAGACCUCAUGGAAAUAAGUGCUGAAGAGUAUCAAGAGAGUUUGACUCUGUGUGCUCCAUGA